AAUGGGCUGCGUCUUUCUCGUAUCGUUUUCUUCCUCGAAGCCUCUCUCUCUCUCUCUCUCUCUCUCUCUCCCCGUCUCUUCCCUUGUGUUACCGUCUGAAAAUGGAGCAAAUCAAGCACGCACAUGUAGAGGUAAGAGGAGUGAAGAUCCAUGUAGCUGAACUUGGAACAGGUCCUAAGGUGGUCCUGUUCUUGCACGGCUUCCCGGAGAUAUGGUACACUUGGAGGCACCAGAUGAUCGGAGUUUCGGGGGCUGGGUACCGCGCCAUCGCCAUUGACUUCAGGGGCUAUGGCCUCUCUGACCAACCUGCCGAGCCCGAGAAGGCCGACUUCGUAGAUCUUGUCGAGGACGUUGUUGAGCUGCUCGACUCACUCUCCAUCUCCAAGGCAUUCCUUGUCGCGAAGGACUUCGGAGCCCUACCCGCGUACGUAGUUGCCGUGACAAACCCUGAGAGGGUGUUGGGUGUCAUCACAAUGGGUGUCCCCUUCAUACUUCCGGGCCCCGCCGCUGUUCGAGCGGACCUCCUUCCCAGUGGCUUCUACAUGUCAAGAUGGCGGGAGCCGGGGCGAGCCGAAGCAGAUUUUGGCCGUUUAGACGUUAAGGCGGUGAUACGAAACAUUUACAUCCUCUUCUCAAGAAGCGAAAUCCCCGUGGCAAGGGAUGACCAGGAGGUUAUGGACAUAGUCGACAACUCCACUCCUCUACCCCCAUGGUUCACUGAGGAAGAUCUCGCAGUUUAUGCAUCUCUAUACGAGAAGUCGGGAUUUCGCCUUCCACUGCAGGUCCCAUACAGGACCAUAGCAAGAGAAUAUGCCGUAACUGAUCCAAAGGUCACAGCUCCAGCACUCCUAAUAAUGGGGGAGAAGGACUAUGUCCUGAAAUUCCCGGGCAUAGAAGAGUAUAUACGGAGCGGACAAGUGAAGCAUUUUGUGCCGAACCUGGACACCAUCUUCGUGCCGGAAGGGAGCCAUUUCAUUCACGAACAACUACCCCAGCACGUGAACGAGCUCAUCCUUGGCUUUCUUAACAAACAGGAAGUCUGACGAAGGGGACUUUACCGCCGAUAUCAACCAAGGCAAGAAGCAGAUUGAACAUCUUAACAAUAAGCCUUUCUUGCCUUCUGCUCCUAUGCCGUGCUUAUGCUUUGUGCUAAGUCCGUUUAACUUUUAUUCACAACGCUAUAUCAUAAGCUAAUACGAUGCUCAAGACAGAAAUGCAUCAAAGAUCACGUAAUUUCUCAUUCCA